ACUGGCCGCGAAAAGAAGAAACCGGUGGAGCAGAGAGCGGCUGCUGCAGGGCAGACAGCCAGGCCCCCCAAAUCUGCACGCACCAGCCGGCGGCCGCCCCACACAGGGACCGGCCUUCCCGGGCCUUCCCGUCGCUCCCCGCCCUCACUCCCUCCCGCCCUCGGCCCGGCCUCCCAGCUCUCUACUUUGCGUGUCUACAAACUCAACUCCCUGUUUCCGUGCCUCUCCGCCGCCCGAGUUCUCUACUCCACACCAAGGGGCCCCUCCCAGCAUCUGCCCGCCUCCCAACCUGGGGGGACCUAACCAAGCCAGGGGGGACUGGAUCCGACGGGUGGAGCGGCCAGGUGAGCCCCGAAAGGUGGGGCUGGGCAGGGGCGCUCCCGGCCCCACCCCGGGAUCUGGUUACGCCGGGGCUGGAAUUUGACACCGGACGGCGGCGGCGGCGGCGGGCAGGAGGCUGCAGAGGGAUGGAGUUGGGCCCGGCCCCCAGACAAGCCCCGCGGGCUCCGCCAGCAGCAGGUCCCUCGGGCCCCAGCCCUCGCUGCCACCUGGGCCCGGAGCCCCACACCCGAGGGCGCAGACUGGCUGCCAAGGCCACACUUUUGGCUAAGAGAGGCACCGCCAGGUGCACAGUCCUGGGCAUGAGCCGUUUGAGCUUCGGGGGAAAGCCCAGCACUAAUCCCAGGAAAGGUGCCUAGAAGAACACGGUCCAGGACCCCGUGCUGCCUCAAGAGGAGGGUGGGGGAACAGCUCCACAAAGGCUGAUGGGCGCUCCUGGUGUUGAUAGAGAUGGAACUUGGACUCGGAGGCCUCUCUGCACUGUCCCACUGCCCCUGGCCUAGGUGGCAGCCUGCCCUGUGGCCAACCCUGGCCGCUCUGGCUCUGCUGAGCAGCGUCGCAGAGGCCUCCCUGGGCCCCGCGCCCCGCGGCCCCGCGCCCCGCAGCCCUGCCCCUCGCGAAGGCCCCGCGCCGGUCCUGGCGCCCCCCGCCGGCCACCUGCCGGGGGGACGCACAGCCCGCUGGUGCAGUGGAAGAGCCCGGCGGCCGCCGCCGCAGCCUUCUCGGCCAGCGCCUCCUCCGCCCGCGCCACCAUCUGCUCCUCCCCGCGGCGGCCGCGCGGCAAGGGCUGGGGGCCGGGGCAGCCGCGCACCGGCAGCGGGGGCGCGGGGCUGCCGCCUGCGCUCGCAGCUGGUGCCGGUGCGCGCGCUCGGCCUGGGCCACCGCUCCGACGAGCUGGUGCGUUUCCGCUUCUGCAGCGGCUCCUGCCGCCGCGCGCGCUCUCCGCAUGACCUCAGCCUGGCCAGCCUCCUGGGCGCCGGGGCCCUGCGACCGCCCCCGGGCUCCCGGCCUGUCAGCCAGCCCUGCUGCCGACCCACGCGCUACGAAUCGGUCUCCUUCAUGGACGUCAACAGCACCUGGAGAACCGUGGACCGCCUCUCGGCCACCGCCUGCGGUUGCCUGGGCUGAGUGCUCUCUCCAGGGCUUUGCAGACUGGACCCUUAUCGGUGGCUCUUCCUGCCUGGGACCCGCAGAGCCAGCGGCCUCAGCCAGGGACAGAGGCCUCAGAGCUGAGAGGCCCCUGCCGGUGAGUGAUGGACAGCAUCCCUGGAGAGGUGGAGGGACAACUGGCUAGAAGCCCCAGGACCCUCACCCUGCGGAUCCCAGCCUAAAAGACACCAGAGACCUCAGCUAUGAAGACCUUCCGACCCACUUCUCACAGACUCUGGCACUGGCCAAGCCUCGAACCUGGGACCCCUCCUCUGAUGAACCCUACAGUGGCUGCGGCAUCAGCUCCCACCCAGGCCCUGUGGGGACAGCAUUUGAAGGCGACAUUGCCGUCGGUUGGCUGAAAGUGCCUGUGCUGGAGCCGGCCUGUAUGCACUAGUGGGAGCUGGCCCCCUAUUUAUUAUUUCUAAGUUAUUUAUUUAC